CUCUUCCUGUGCCAGGUUUCCGGCUCCGGGUCCCGGAGGAGGGUCCCCAGAUCGCAGGGGAGCUGCAGCCCGGCCCGCCGCGUUUUUCAGACUCGGACCAUGGCCUCGAGCUGGUGGCGCUGGCGGUGCUGCGGCUCCUGGAGGCCGGCGGCGCCGAGUCCUGGGCACGGCUUCUCCUGCCGCUCCGAACCGCCCGGGCCGCGCGCCGCGACCGCCGCCCGCGCGCAGAUAUCCUAUUUUAACCGUGUGAAGAAUUUAAUGUCUGCCUUUCCAAAUAUGUAUAGUAUAUCACGGUUCCCUCACGUGACAUCGGCAGCGUGCUGUUGUAGUAGAACACGGAGUGGUAACAAAUACAUCGAUCCUUUCAAACUUGGUUGGAGAGACCUGAAAGGUCUGUAUGAGGACAUUAGAAAGGAACUACUCAUAUCCACAACAGAACUUAAGGAAAUGUCUGAAUACUACUUUGAUGGAAAAGGAAAAGCCUUCCGACCGAUUAUUGUGGUGCUAAUGGCCCGAGCAUGUAAUACCCAUCAUAAUAACUCCCGAGAUGUGCAAGCAAGCCAGCGCUCCAUAGCCUUAAUUGCAGAGAUGAUCCACACUGCUAGUCUGGUACACGAUGACGUUAUUGAUGAUGCCUGUUCUCGGAGAGGAAAACACACAGUUAAUAAGAUCUGGGGUGAACAGAAGGCUGUUCUGGCUGGAGAUUUAAUUCUUUCUGCAGCAUCUAUAGCUCUGGCACGAAUAGGAAAUACAGCUGUUAUAUCUAUUUUAACCCAAGUUAUUGAAGAUUUGGUGCGUGGUGAAUUUCUUCAGCUAGGGUCAAAGGAAAAUGAGAAUGAAAGAUUCGCCCACUACCUUGAAAAGACCUUCAAGAAGACUGCAAGUCUGAUAGCCAACAGUUGUAAAGCAGUCUCUGUGUUAGGAUGCCCUGACCCAGUGGUCCAUGAGAUUGCCUAUCAAUACGGAAAAAAUGUGGGAAUAGCUUUUCAGCUCAUCGAUGAUGUGCUGGACUUCACCGCGUGUUCUGACCAGAUGGGUAAACCAACAUCAGCAGACCUGAGGCUUGGGUUAGCCACUGGCCCUGUCCUGUUUGCUUGUCAGCAGUUUCCAGAAAUGAAUGCUAUGAUAAUGAGACGGUUCAGUCUGCCAGGAGAUGUGGACAGAGCUCGACAAUAUGUAUUACAGAGUGAUGGUGUGCAGCAAACAGCCUACCUCGCCCAGCGGCACUGCCAUGAAGCAGUGAGAGAGAUCAGCAAGCUUCGACCAUCCCCAGAAAGAGAUGCCCUCAUUCAACUUUCAGAAAUUGUGCUCACAAGAGAUAAAUGACAAUUCUUUCUCUUGUUUCUGGCAGCUAUUUUACCAGACUGUGCCUAAAGUAUUUUGUGGAAUAUACUAUGCUUCAUGUGCAGAUAACCAAAAAUCAUUUUAAAAAAUCAUUUCAACCUUACUGGUGGGCAAAAUUUUUUUUUUAUUGUCAAAGUCUUUCAGAAAACUUUUUUAAUGUAAUUAAAGCAUCUGUAUCUGUCAUUCUAGUUCUGUAAAUUCUAGUUGAGGUAUCUUGAUGGUUUUAUGUGGUAUUGUUUACACUGUUAAUAUCCACAUG